AUGGGAAGAAUUGUGGUUGGUAGUGACAACCAUCUGCAAGGAGACAUGCUUAAUUUCCUACAUGAUGGGGCUUUAGGAAGUCACUCUGCAUCCGAGCUACAAGCUAAUCAGGCCAAGAGUGCACUAUACUUUGGAGGGGUGAAAGAUACAGUAAAGGCUCAAAUACAACAAGCACUUGGAUACAGCUAUGGUGACCUUCCGUUUAAGUAUUUAGGAGUGCCUUUGUCUACUAAGAAGAUUACUCUGCUACAGUGGCAGCCUUUAACUAAGAAGAUUGUGGUUAAAGUCUCUUCAUGGACAGCAAAAAAACUAUCCUAUGCAGGAAGAGUUCAGUUUGUAAGGUCAGUAAUCUUUGGAGUACAGGCCUAUUGGGCUCAAUUAUUUAUAAUUCCAGCAAAAGUGAUGAAAGCAAUCCAAGCAUAUUGUAGAAGUUAUAUAUGGUCUGGAGUAAAUGUCAUUACCAAAAGAGCACUGAUUUCAUGGGAGAAAAUAUGCUUGCCUAAGGUAGUAGGAGGGAUAAAUUUGAUUAACCUUAAGCUAUGGAACAAAGCUGCAAUUUUGAAACUAUGCUGGAAUAUUGAACAAAAGCAGGACAAACUAUGGAUUAAAUGGGUGCAUAACUAUUAUAUAAAGGGGCGCAACCUGAAAAAUUUAGUUGUUCCUGCUCAGGCUAGUCGGAUGGUCAGAAAGAUGCUUGGGGCAAAAUGUAAUUUACACCUGAUGCAACAUGUUCCAAGAACCAAGACCAGUGUCAUUAAGCAAGCUUAUUUGAAGGUGUUGGGUACAUUUUUAAAGGUAGAUUGGAGAGUCAUCAUCUGCCGCAACUUAGCAAGGCCUAACGCAAUUUUCACUACUUGGUUGCAGCAACAGGAUAGGCUUUUAACGGUGGAUAGGUUGUUGAAAUGGCAUGUACAGGCUGAUCCUAUAUGUAUCAUGUACAAGCAACAAGAUGAAUCAAGGGGCCACCUAUUCAUAGAAUGCAGGUUUGCUAAUGCACUUUGGCUGCGACUAUUACGUUGGUUACAGCAUAGCCAACUUCAUCUAGCCACCUGGGAUUCUAUGAAUCAUUGGGUCAUUCGCAGGAGUAAAGGAAAGAGACACCAAGCACAGCUGUGGAAAUUGGUCUACGCAAAAUUCGUAUAUGUUGUAUGGAAGGAAAGAAAUGCAAGAACUUUUCAGAAGAAAGAGUGCACGGUAGACACUGUAGCAAGGCAAAUCGCUUGUAUCUGUUGUCUGCGAGCUACUGAACCUUUAAGGAAUAUAUUAGAUAGAUGUAGCUUUUAG